AAAGGCUCUCUUUUUCUCUGAAAGGGAUGUGAUCCUGAAACGACACCGCUCCGCCACUCUCAACAUUUCAUUCAUCAUCGUCUUCGUCUUCGUCUUCGUCUUCGUCUUCUUCACCUCAGCCAGCCAUGUUCUGAUGUUCAUCUUUUUCCCUCACUCCUUCUACUGUGUCUCUUCUCUGCAUCUUCGCAUCGAAUAGAGAGAGAGACGUUGACUUUCGUGGAAGAAGAAGAAAAUGGAGCAAUCAGUUUUGGAUGACAUAAUCAAUCGCUUGCUCGAAGUUCGAAACCGUCCGGGGAAGCAGGUGCAGCUAUCGGAGUCCGAGAUCCGUCAACUCUGCGUAGUUUCUAGAGAGAUUUUCUUACAACAACCUAAUUUAUUGGAGCUCGAAGCACCUAUCAAGAUUUGUGGUGAUGUACAUGGGCAGUAUUCAGAUCUUUUAAGGCUUUUUGAGUAUGGUGGAUUACCUCCCGAAGCCAACUACCUGUUUUUAGGGGAUUAUGUGGAUCGAGGGAAGCAGAGUUUAGAAACAAUUUGCCUUCUCCUUGCUUAUAAAAUAAAAUAUCCUGAGAACUUUUUCCUGUUGAGGGGAAACCAUGAAUGUGCUUCUAUAAACCGAAUAUAUGGGUUUUAUGACGAGUGCAAGAGAAGGUUCAAUGUAAGGUUAUGGAAAACAUUUACAGACUGCUUCAAUUGCCUACCUGUGGCAGCCCUUGUUGAUGAAAAGAUUUUGUGUAUGCAUGGGGGACUUUCUCCUGACUUACAUAAUUUGGAUCAGAUUAGAAAUCUACAGCGGCCCACCGAUGUUCCUGAUACAGGUUUGCUUUGUGAUCUCCUCUGGUCUGACCCAAGCAAAGAUGUUCAAGGAUGGGGAAUGAAUGACAGGGGAGUUUCAUAUACAUUUGGUGCUGAUAAGGUCUCAGAGUUUCUUCAGAAACAUGAUCUUGAUCUUGUUUGUCGUGCUCAUCAGGUUGUGGAGGAUGGAUACGAGUUCUUUGCUAACCGACAGCUUGUAACAAUAUUUUCAGCACCUAAUUAUUGUGGGGAGUUUGACAAUGCGGGUGCUAUGAUGAGUGUUGAUGAGACACUUAUGUGCUCCUUCCAAAUAUUAAAGCCAGCUGAGAAAAAAAUAAAACUCAAUUUUGGAAGUACCACUACUGCUAAGCAUGGGAACUCUCCAGCAGGUGUAAAGUCCUUCCUGGGUGCGAAAGUAUGAAAUUAGGUUUGGCAAAAAGGUUGCUGCUACUAAUGGUCCGCUGGUCUUGAACUGCUAAUGAUUGCAAGAAAGGGAAAGUCAAGUUCCAUUUCGUCUACUAUGAUAUUAUGGAAUUGUAAAAUCAAAGGGAAAAACCAUCACGUACUAUGUAAACCAUUGUUUUUCAUCGGUACAAAUUUGCUUUUCAAGCUGGAGAGCCCUAAUCUCCUUGUCUUCGUUGUACACUAGUAGUUGGUAUAUUUUUUCUGAAUUGUAUGCUUCUCAAGCGUAGAUGUAUACAUCCGCAUCUGUUGCUGAGAACCAUUUAAAAUGCUUAUACAAUUGGCAUAUGGAUGGCAAUUGAGGCUGGUAAAACAUGGUCGAAUCUCUUCGUUU